AUGUCCUCCGAUGGCACUCAAGGCUCCAAGGACAAGCACCUACCGUAUGCCGUCGUUCCGCUGAUCGCAAUCCUCGGUGCCGCCGCUUUCACGAUGCUAUGCUAUGUCUUUUACCGACACAUGCACGGCGCUGGCGACGAGCUGAGAGAGAUCUCGGAUGAACAAGCGGUAUACAUGCGAGAGGUUCGACAGCGCAAUAAGGACGACAUCGAAGCUCUGACUGGGUAUUAUAAGAACCGGCGGGGUUCGGGACGGUACUGGUGA